GUGUCCAGUCGUGCCGCUUCAGUGUCAGAAGGAGUUCGAGGAUUCAUGUUGUCGUUUUGUUUUUUUGAGACACCGACUCAGAGGAACAUGUCUGAACACCAGAGCUUCCAGUUUGGAAAGUCUCGUUUCAACCAGGUACCAGUUUCUCUCUCGUGUCUCAAACCAGGAAGUGAACUCGCGUGCAAACAGCUGGAACUGGGUCUGCACGUGUUCUGUGUGUUUUAAACGUAAUGUCAAGUUAUUUUUAAUUACACACUCAGUUAUAAUAGUUCAGAACACGUUUUUUGGUCGCUUCAGACACUUCCUGGAUGUGAUUGACCCCAGCACCCUGUUUGUGACGGAGAAACGACUGCAGGAGUGUGUGGAGCUACUCGAUGGUUUCAAACGUGGAACUGUGCCUCCUGGAGUGACUGAUGCUCAGCUUUGGAAAGCUCAGAAAAUAAAGCAGGCCAUCAUCCACCCUGACACCGGGGAGAAGAUCCUCAUGCCCUUUCGGAUGUCGGGAUUUAUUCCUUUUGGCACCCCAGUGGUUGUCGGCCUCCUUCUCCCAAAUCAAACAUUGGCAUCAACUAUCUUCUGGCAGUGGUUGAACCAGAGUCACAAUGCCUGCGUUAACUUCUGCAACCGCAACGCCUCCCAGCCGGCUCCAGCCUCCAAAUUUGUCCAGGGAUACCUGGGAGCAGUGACGAGCGCAGUCUCCAUCGCUGUCGGGUUGAACGUGUUAAUCCAGAAAGCAAAAGGCUUCAGCCCAACAACCAGGCUUUUGGUGCAGAGGUUCGUCCCCUUCCCAGCAGUGGCGAGUGCCAACGUCUGUAACGUGGUGCUCAUGAGACACUCGGAGCUGUCGGAGGGAAUCAGCGUGCUCGACGACGACGGCAACGUGGUGGGAACAUCCCGAGUAGCUGCCAGGCAUGCUCUUAUGGAGACAGCCCUGACCAGAGUGGUGCUGCCCAUGCCCAUCCUGCUGCUCCCUCCACUGAUCAUGUCAGUGCUGGAAAAGCUUCCUCUCCUGCAGAGACAGCGGAGACUCGUCCUGCCCGUCCACAGUCUUGUGUGUCUCGCCGCCUUUAGCCUGGCUCUGCCGCUCGCCAUCAGUCUCUUCCCGCAGAUGUCCCAGAUCAGCGUGAAUCGGUUAGAGCCGGAGAUCGCCAUGGCAACAGAUGGUCCGAUGGUGACAUACAAUAAAGGCCUGUGAGUGAUCUCUGCGGCCCGACACAUCGAGACGAGACCCGCCGCUGCUCAGCAUUGUUCACGCCGCCGCUGAAUGGAGGACGGUAAAAUUUGGCUGCGUUGGCCGGGGAGGAUUUUAACACACGUUGACACGGAGCAGCAGUUCAUCCGUGUUACUGACGGAAAGAUGUUGGUGUUUGUUAAUCAAGAAGAAACAUGUGAUAUUGAAACGUAUCAGUCACCUCAGAAAGUUCUAACAUGGACACUUACCAAGGAAAAUAAGAGAAAUGAAGCUCUGAACAUGUUUAUGGACGAUGUGGGUUCAGUUUACUUUGUGUUACUUGAUCAGCAGAUGCAUAGUUGAGUUAGUGAGUGAGGGUAGGUGGAUUAAAAAUAUAAAAUGUCUAAUUUAUUGUAAUUGUGGUUUGGGUUGUGUAUAAACAGUGGGAAUGAAGUAAGGGUGAUUGACAUGAAUGUAUUUUUGUGAACUGUGAAAAACUCAGGGCUUCUUCUCUGGUUUCUGCUCUGGACCAGUUAACAUGAAGACACUCUGUCUCCCUGUGAGCUCAUACGUGUCAGACUACAUGUAACAUGUCAGAGGAAUGAUUUUCACCGCUCACAUUCUUUCACAUGAAACGUUUGCGGCGCCUGAAAGCGGCAAAACUGUUGCAAGUAAACUUCAAGAAAAGUCGGAAAUAGAAACUUAACUUUCAGGAGUGAUCCUGAAUCAAAUGCUGGAAAAUGGCUGUAGAAAUGAUAUUUUAUCAAAUAUUUUAUCAAGAUGUCAGGUAACAAAGUAGUUAUCACUGUUCUAUGCACAAAAAAAGUUUAGAGAGCAAAUGUUUAACUUUAACUGUAUUAAAUCAUUCAAUGAAAUUGGGAGGUUCUGUUGCUCUUGUGCAGUAAAAUGUUACACACAAAUCUUGAUUUUGAUAAUUAUGAUAAUGCAUUUUAUUUAUAAAGCACUUUUAAAGGAACUCGAAGACAGUUAACAAAGGAUUGAAAUAAUGACUAAAAGACACAAAAGAUUAAAACAUAUUAUUGUCGCACAUUGAAAGCAGUUCUGAAAGUACUUUGCACUUUGAAUACUUUGUGUACACAAAUACAUCAUGAGGAUGUUUGAAGUCUUGACCAAAAAGAUUU